AUGGUAUUGGAACGAGACAACGAGGUUCGUCGCAACGCCGAUCUACACCAGCGAGCUCUCGCCGAUGACGCUGCCGCCGCCGCUGCCGCUGCCGCCGCCGCCCUCCUUGCAGAGCAGCAACAACGUGCCGAUGCAGCCGCUGCCGCCGCCGCCCUCCUUGCGGAGCAACAACAACGAGCUGAUGCAGCCGCUGCAGGCUUUGCUCCUCCGCGAUAUGUCAAUCGCGUGGCCGUGAAACUUCCAGCUUUUUGGAUGGACAAGCCGGCCGUCUGGUUCGCGCAAGCUGAAGCGCAGUUCGCUUUGGCUGACAUCACCGUUGAGCUGACAAAAUACUACCAUGUCAUCUCUCAACUGGAUGUUCGUGCAGCCGCGGAGGUCGAAGACAUCAUCAGCAAUCUUCCGGGUGUUGAACCUUACACGAAUUUGAAACAACAUCUCAUCCAACGUCUCUCGACAUCAGAGGAGCAGCGAGUUCGUCAACUUCUCCACGACGAAGAGCUCGGCGACCGCAAGCCAUCGCAGUUCUUGAGACACCUCAAGUCGCUUGCUUCCCCGACCGCCGUACAACCUAACCUUCUGCGUCAUCUAUGGCUCCGGCGUCUUCCUACUCACGUCCAGGCCGUAUUGACAGCCCGACCAGAGCUUUCACUCGAGCAACUGUCGGACUUAGCAGACAAAAUCGUUGAGAUUUCUCCGAUUUCUUCAGUGCACGCGGUCGCAGACGCAGCGGAGCAGGUAUGCCCUCCCAAUGACUCUCUCUUGUCUGCCAUUCGAGAGCUUACCUUGGAGGUCAGCGUACUACGCUCUCGUAAUGUCGAGAGAUCACCUCAACGUCGCAGCCGUAGCCACAACCACAGUCGCAACCGCAACCGUUCGAAAUCAUCGAACCGACCACGUGACUCUGACAAGUUAUGUUGGUAUUGUUUCCGUUUUGGCAGUAAGGCGAAGAAGUGCCUUUGCCCGGGAAACGGCAAAGACGGUCAGUAG